AUGUCUUCCUCCAGCACACAACCACAACCUUCGACAGGUACCUCAUGGAUUCUCAUCGCAGUGGCUAGCGGCGCAUUCGCGGCCCUGAACGGCCUCUUCGCAAAGCUAACAACGGAUACUCACACCACCGCAUUCGCGCAUUCCAUCGCGCACCUAUUCGGUCUCGAGUCCUCCAGUUUCCUAGAGCUCCUUGUUCGCGGCCUCUGCCUCGGCCUCAACGUCCUCUGCAACAUCAUCAUGUGGGCCCUCUUCACCCGCGCCCUGACUGCCGGUCCCUCCACGGUGAAAGUUUCCAUCACAAAUACCUCGUCCAACUUUUUGAUGACGGCCCUGUUGGGUAUGGUUAUCUUUAAGGAGUCGGUGGGUGGACUGUGGUGGCUUGGAGCUGCGAUGAUGGGAGCGGGUUGUAUCUUAGUUGGGAUGCGGGAGGGGGCUUAA